AUGGAAAGAUUCAACUUAGACGGUGAAAAAAUCAAACCCUUAACAAUCUGCUUGAUUGGUGGCGGUGGCUUUAUCGGCUCACACCUUUGCGAGAAGCUCCUCUACAAAACUCAACACACUGCCAUAAUCAUUGAUGUCUCCUCCACCAAGAUAAAACAUCUCUUGCGUCCUUAUUCUUGCUGGUUUGGUCGAGUUCAGUUUCAUGAAAUUAAUGUCAAGCGUGACACGCUACACCAGCACCUUGAACCCCUCAUUGCAGCCUCUGAUCUUGUUAUUAAUCUUGCAGCCAUUCGCACUCCUGCUAAUUAUAAUACUAGGCCUUUGGAUACGAUUAAAAGUAACUCUGUUGAUGCGAUUCCAGUGGUUGAGUUCUGUAUCAAGUACAAAAAGCGAUUGAUCCAUUUCUCUUCUUGUGAAGUCUAUGGAAAGACUAUUGGAAGCUUUUUACCAAAGGAUCAUGCUCUUCAAAAUGUAUCCGAACUCUACCUCCUUAAAGAAUAUGAUUCCCCAUGUAUUUUUGGCUCAAUUGAUAAACAGAGAUGGACCUAUGCCUGUGCAAAGCAGAUGAUUGAAAGGCUAAUAUAUGCUCAAUCUGCAUUGCAUUCCCUCGAGUUUACCAUUGUAAGACCUUUCAAUUGGAUUGGUCCAAGAAUGGACUUUAUUCGAGGCAUUGAUGGUCCAAGAGAAGCAGUUCCAAGAGUUUUAGCUUGCUUCACCGGUAAUCUCCUGCGUGGAAAACCACUUAAGCUUGUUGAUGGUGGGCAGUCCCAGAGAAGCUUCUGUUAUAUCAAGGAAGCCAUUGAAGGUGUUCUUUUAAUUAUUGAAAACCCAGCACGAGCGAAUGGCAAGAUUUUUAAUGUGGGUAAUCCUGAAAAUGAUGUUACAAUAAAGCAAUUAGCAGAGUUGAUGAUAGAGGUUUAUGCAGAUGUAACUAAACAGCCUGCCUCCAAGUUUACAACCAUUGAUGUAAGCUCAAACAAUUUCUACGGUCCAGGAUAUGAUGACAGCGAUAAGCGGAUCCCUGACAUUACAAUUAUCAACAGAGAGCUUGGUUGGAAGCCUGCAAUGCGCCUUCGUACUAUUCUAAAACUGUGCCUUGACCACGCGAUAGAUGAGUAUAAGUCGGCAAUUAAGAAUGAAUGUGACAGUCUGUUGGAGUUUCACACUGGUUAUGAAUAUUUCUCUGGUUCUGAAUAA